AUGCGUCUCCCUUGCGCCCUGAGAAAGCGGCGGUUGGGCGCGGAGCAGCGAGGCGCGGAGGGGCGCGGGGAGCGGCGGGAGCAGGGGCGGGGCUCGCGGGCCCUCCCUCCGGGCCGUGGCGCCGCCUCCGGCGCUGUGCCUGGCAGGAUAGCGCUACCUGCUACGCUGGCUGCGCCUCCUACUCCACAUGUCCACGCACAGCCUCCGCCGGCAGGUCCGUGGCAUGGCGUAGGCCAGUUAGCCAAGGCAACGAGAGCUCGUGUCUCCGUUCCCGGAGCCCCCCCCAAGUUCGCGGUGGAGUCGCGGCUGGCAGGCUUGAACGAGGGCCCGGCGCCGGCAGCGCCGCGGAGCCGGAGCGUCGUGAGCGGCCCUGGUGCGGCGGUUUGGCUACAGCCGGGCGAGAGGCGGCGCCAGCAGCGCGAGGAGCGCGGUCAGCGAGCGAGCUUGCACAGUUACAGACUGACCUCAGUGUGGUCUGUCAUGGAGCGUGAAGAUUUCACAGAAGUCAGCCUGGAGGCACCUCUUGUGCUGUUAGUGGAGUCUCUGAGAAAUCAGAUCAGGACUGUCCAGUCUCUUCAAGAUGAAGAAGAGAACAUGCAGGAAUGCUGGGGCAGACUCCAGGUUGCUGCCAGUAACCUGAAGAAGCACUGCCCCUCAUCUGUCAUGGGUGCCCUUGCUAGUGUGUGUGAGGACCCUCAAAAUGACAAGGAAUUUGUUCAGAAAUGCGAGCAGUGGAUGAAUUCCACAGCAGAAAUUCACAAGACCUUCAAGAAAAGCAUUCCUGGACACUUGGAAGAACUGCAGAAGGACCAGAGAGAGUAUGAGGAGCUGCAAAACGAAAUUUCCACAAAUGAGCAGAGAUUUAAUUCUGUGAUGGAAAAUGUUCUACCUUCCUGGGAAUCUGGAGAUCCAGAGAAAAGAGGACAGUUACUUUCCAAGUUCACACUGAUGAAGGAGCAGUGGCACCAUGUUAGCUGGGUGGUGCAGCAGAGAAAGAAAAGCAUCGAUGGAUUUCUGAGACUGUGGCAUCUCUUCCUGUGUUGCCUGCUGAGUCUCAACAGAUGUCUCGUGGAUACCAAGAGCUUUGUCGCAUCUGUGAAGACCCAGGACUGCCACAGCCACCACCAGCGUAGGAAUCUCAUUAAAGAGUUGAAGCUCACCAAGAGAAGUGCAGAUGACAGAGGCAGCAGCACCACAAGCGGCAGAAGCGAUCGCCGAGGACUUGCUCAGCCCACAUCGCUCUUUCGCCGGGCUGUGGCUUGGGCACUUGUACUGUUUGUGUUGCUCCUGCUUUUGCUGUUCUUCCUCACUUCUGUCAUUGUCCCUUCUGAUGAGUUUGACAGAUGCAUGUCUGUCAACAACUUUGCCCGUUCCUUCAAUCUCAUGUUGCAAUACCCACAUGGGCCUCCACCAUUGUAGGAAGCGGCCCAGGAACCCUCAGAGGCAGCACUCUCUCUGUUGCUACAUAGGCUCUCUGCAGUGCUUUGUCAUGGGGAACUUCUUCAUCCUUUCUUGUUCUGUUUUCUUCACUUUAAAUGUUCAAUAAAGUUUGUUGUUAGUGUUAGGUCAUA